AUUUAAAGCAGCGCUUCCCUCCUCAGUUGUCCUCCGCGUUUUAGCCAGGCGAGGUUUCCAAUUCCCGGCUCUCCCCGCGCCGGGAACCCUCCUUCCCUCCCCGACUUCGGGCCCGACCCGUUGCGCGUGUUUCCCUCGCUGGACUUUCCGCGCCUUCUUGGGAAGAAAAAGAUGAAAGCCCUUCUGUGGCCUUUGGCGCCCAGCCUCUUCUUGCUCCUGCUCCCGGGCGGCUGGGCUCAAGCCUUCGGGCGGAUUUGCCCCGAGCGCUGCGACCGCGCGCGGUGCCCGGAGGUGCCCGCCGAGUGCGCGGGAAGCGGGCAGACCCUCGAUUCCUGCGGCUGCUGCCCCGUGUGCGCCGCGCAAGAGGGCGAGCCCUGCGGAGGCUCCCCGUUCGGAGAGCCGUCGUGUGCCGAAGGGCUGUUGUGUGUGCUGUCGGCCGGGGCCCCCGGAGUGGCGGCUUCGGCUACGGUGCGCAGGCGAGCCAAAGGCGGCCACUGCGUGUGUGCCGGGAACGAGCCGGUGUGUGGCAGCGAUGGAAGGAGCUACGGCAACCUGUGCCAGCUGCGGACCGCUAGCCAGCGCUCGGAAAGCCAGCAGCGGCCGCCCGUCAUCGCCAUCCAGAGGGGCGCCUGCGGUCAGG